UUCUCGUGCAUAUUUCCAUAUAUACAUAAUAUAACUCCAUUAAAAACGAACGGCUAGCAAUCACGGUGAAACACACCUGAUCUCUGGACACAUAUAACUUAAUAUUUAACAAUAUCUAUUAAUUACCUCAUAUUACGGUUAACUUAAUUCAUAAACACUUAUUAAAUGCAAGGUACCAACAGUCCUAACAGAAACAAAUUUAUACUUAAUUUACAUGCAUAGGUUUAAUUUAAUGAAUCAAUUUCAAUAGAACGUUUAAUGUAUCAAACUUUUGUCUUGUUUUGCUGCAAAAGCGGAAUGUUUUGAAGAUGCUUUGUACCAAUGUAGUUUGGCAAAAAAAGAAGAGAGAAUGAGAGCGCGCAUACUCUUGAUGUGAUCUUUUAAGCCACAAUCGCAGUUGAAAAGGUUUACCUUGCGGCUGAUAAGAAUGCAUAAACAAGGCCAAAAUACAAAAUAACUUGCAGCCAGGCCACAUAAACAACAACAACUGACAUCGACAUAUGUAUAUACAUAUGUUGUCGCUUUGGUCAAGUUGACAUUGAGUAGCUGCGGCGUUGACGUCGCUUCCAAGUUGCAGCUGAUAAGGCACGACGCUCUGCCACUGGCUGCAGAAUUCUUGGGCUUUGUAUUUCUGGGGGCCUUUUGGGGGAGAGCGAAACAAACAAUCAUCAUUAUCGAAAUCAGUUUCCAGUGAACCGCCCAGCACAACAGACGUAUACGUACUACGACGUAUACGUGUACAUAAAAAAAAAAAAUUGCCAAGUAGGAAGAAGGUAUACAAUUCAAUGAAUGAACGAUUAACGAGACGAGGCGAGGCAAGGCAAACCGCGAACAGCAAACGACAAGUGCAAGAAACUGGUUAGCACCACACACAGAUUGAAGAAGCUCCGCACUAUCCGACGCACAGAGCGGUCAGCGAUCUUUGCCCAUAAAUAUCAUCAGCCAGCAGCAGCCUCAGCAGUCGGAACGACUAAAUUGUGCGUGUUUUUUUUUUGUUUUUAAAUACUAAAAAAAAACACAACAACUUGGAUUUCCAAGGGUAUUGGAGUUAUUUAACGUUUUUAGUGAUUCAGAGAGGGGGUCACCAGCAGCAGCAGCAGCAGAAGCAGCGGCUUAUACACACAGAUCUACCAAGCCAAACCAAAAAGAAGACCAAUCAAAAUGGCACCACCCACUGUCCUGGUUACCGGUGGAGCUGGCUACAUUGGUUCACACACAGUUCUGGAGAUGCUUGACGCUGGCUACAAUGUCAUCUGUAUGGAUAAUUUAUGCAAUGCCUACAGCAGUGGGGCCUCCAAGCUGCCGGAGGCAUUGAGUCGUGUGCAGGAGAUCACUGGCAAGAAGGUCAAUUUCUAUCGGGUGGACAUCACGGAUCGUGAUCAAGUGCGGGCUGUAUUUCAGGAGCAUAAAAUCGAUAUGGUUGCCCACUUUGCUGCCCUUAAAGCUGUUGGAGAAUCCUGUCGCAUUCCAUUGCAAUAUUACCACAACAAUAUGACUGGAACAAAUGUCCUGCUGGAGGCCAUGGCCGACAACAAUGUAUUCAAAUUUGUCUACAGUUCGAGUGCAACAGUUUACGGUGAACCAAAGUCUCUACCCGUAACCGAGGAGCAUCCAACUGGUAAUUGCACAUCGCCCUACGGCAAAACCAAAUAUUUUACAGAGGAAAUCCUCAAGGAUUUAUGCAAGUCAGACAAGCGCUGGGCAGUCGUCUCACUGCGUUAUUUCAAUCCUGUGGGUGCCCACAUUAGCGGACGCAUUGGCGAAGACCCCAAUGGAGAGCCCAACAAUCUGAUGCCAUACAUUGCCCAAGUGGCCGUCGGACGUCGAUCGCAUUUAAAUGUCUAUGGCAGUGACUUUCCCACCAAGGAUGGCACUGGUGUACGCGAUUACAUACAUAUAGUGGAUCUAGCCGAGGGUCAUGUGAAAGCCCUGGACAAGUUGCGUAACAUUGCUGAGACCGGUUUCUUUGCCUAUAAUCUGGGCACUGGCGUUGGCUACUCCGUACUUGAUAUGGUGCAUGCGUUCGAGAAAGCCUCCGGUAAGAAAGUCAAUUACAAUUUGGUCGAUCGUCGGUCUGGCGAUGUGGCCACCUGUUAUGCAGAUGCCCAGCUGGCGGAGCAGAAAUUGGGCUGGAAGGCCACCCGAGGCAUUGACAAGAUGUGCGAGGAUACGUGGCGUUGGCAGAGCCAAAAUCCCAAUGGCUAUGCCAACAAAUAGUCGCCAAAGACUCCUCCAUAUGUAAAAUUUAGUUGUGUCUCUUGCCUCCAUCUACUUCUUUAUAAUCUAUCUGAGCUCUGUUAUUAUCGGUUAUUUGUGUGCAAGUUCCUCGCUCGCUCGCUCGCUCGCUUUUCCAAUUUCAAUUACUACUAUAUUUAUCUAAUUAGCGAAUGUGUUUCACAUCUAGUUACCUAUUUGUGUUUGUAUAUUUUUUUUGUGAAACAAAUUUAAGUGCAAAUUGUUUAUUUAAACGCGAGAGAGAUAGAAUAAAAGUUAUGGAAAAUUAA